UGGUGUAAUGAUGUUUCCAGUUUGGCGAACAAGGUUUUAAAUGAAGUACAGAUUUCCAAACCUAAAUUAUUGCCAUUUACGGAAGAUAUCAAAACACUGAACCUUUAUGUUCGAACUUCUGCAGAAAAGGCUUAUAAUAAUCUGAGAGACAAAAUUGACUUAAAGAGUAAUUACAAGAUUCUUAGUGAAUGCACACUGAUUUUAGUUCUCAUUUUCAAUCGUAAAAGGGUCGGAGAAGUCCAAUUUUUAAAUAUUGAUACUUAUCAAAACAAUAAUUUUCAUCUAAAUCAAAAAGAAUGCUUAGAUUCUCUCAGCGAGUUAGAAAAACACAUGAGCUCUACUUUUAAAAGAGUAGUGGUAUUCGGUAAAGGCAGUAAGCCGGUGCCCAUUUUAUUCACCAAACUUAUGCAAAGAUAUAUUGAAAUGUUAUUAACAAUUCGAAAUAAUACCGAGGUAGUUCCGAAGUCGAAUACUUACAUAUUUGCAAAUCCGGAUUCACAAGACAGAUGGAUGACUGGAUCAUCUGUUUUAAGAAAAUAUGCACAUAAAUGUGGCGCACGGAACCCGGAACUUCUUACAAGCACGAGAUUCAGGAAACAGUUAGCUACCAUCCUCCAACUUAUGAACUUCGAAAAUGACGAGAUGGAACAAAUAGCACGAUUUAUGGGCCACACUGAGAAAACCCACAAGGAAUUUUAUAGACUAACCGACGAUGUUUAUCAGACUGCUAAAGUGGCUAAAGUAUUGUUGCUUUUAAAUGUUGGAAAAGGUUCAGAAUUCAAAGGUAAAAGUCUGGAAGAAAUCGAAGUAGCAAAUGACGUAUUAGAAUGUGACGAAGAAAAAACAACAAAAGAUGAAGAAACUGGCAAUAUUGAAGAACAGAAUGAAGAGAAAGAAGAACCACAAAUACAAGUACCACAAGUACAAGUACCACAAGUACAAGCACCACAAGUACAAGCACCACAAGUACAAGCACCACAAGUACAAGUACCACAACAAGUACUACAACAAGUACAAAAACCUGGCCGUGUGCGCUGGGAUGAUGGGGAGAAACAAAUGGUCUUAAAGCAUUUCAAAAAACAUAUAAAAUCAAAAACUGCUCCCAGAAAACAAGAUUGUUUGAAUUUUAUUGAUAACCACUCAGAUAAAUUUUUUGUAUCCGAUUGGGUACGUAUUAAAACUCUUGUAUUUAAUACAUAUCGUGAUAAAUAAAAACUAUUAAAAAAUCGUAUACUAAUUUGUGGAAGUCAUGUAGCUUAAACGGUGACUUAUUGUUUAGGUAUCACUUGGGCUUUAUUUAGUUUUUAUAUAACCGUAUACUUCCUUAUUUUUUAACUAGAUAGUCUAGGAUAAUUAGAUAUAUAUAUCUACAUAUAAUUUUUGUAGGUAAUUUAGAAAAGAGGAAUGUAUGGUUACAUGUCUUGCAAUUUAGUUUACAAAGUCUUCCUUUAAGCUACUUCAUUCGACAUCCUGUGUAUGAAAUCCUUUAUUUCCACAUUUGCAAUAAUUUAGUUACUUAGAAUAUUUUCUUUUGUGUUAUUAUUUUAUAGUCUAAAUAUGUUAUAUAUAUUUAAGAUUAUCGUUAAUGUAGAGGCUAGAGGAAUGUAGAGUUAACAGUUGUUAAUAAUUAUAAACAGGGUGUUUGGUUCGCAGAUGUAGAAAGUAACAAAAAACAAUUCUUUGGUAAAAAUAAUUCGAUUUAACUAAACUUACCUUCGCCCGAAGUUGAAAUUAAAAAAGAUACAGUGUUAAAGUCAAAUUUUUAAAAGUUUUUCUGUAACGUCUAUUCGAUAAAACAAGGCAAUAGAAAAUUUUUAAAAAAUUUGAAACUUUAACACCCAGUAUCAUAAUUAACAUCAAAUUUUGGAUUAAGAUAAAUUUAGCUAAAUUGCGUUAUUUUUACGAAAGAAUUAUUGUUAUUUUCUACAUCUGCAGACUAACACCCUGUGUAUAACAUGUUACCUAUUUAUACACAAUUAUUUUUAAGUUAGUUUAAUUUACUACUAUAUGUUUACCUU